UCUCCUCAUCCCGCCUCUCCCUCGUUGAAGAACAACAGUUCCAGUUUCCACCAGCGGGGGCGGUAAUGCACCGAUAGAGUUAGAGGGAGACAUAGAGGAAGAAACAGCUUUGAGUUUCCCCCAGCUGGAACUUCAAAGAUCAGCUGAGCUGCAGUUUCACCUGAACCUUCUGACCAGCGUCCGCCAUGUCUCAGGCCGUGCCGCCAGUCCUCUCGGUUCAGCCGUCCCGGGCUCUGGUGGAUGAGAAGUUCAGUGUUCAGGUGGAGAACCUUCCUCCAGGAUGUCCGGUCACCGUCCGCUCCCUCUACCAGAGCGAGGACAAGGACUUCUGGGAGGCCUAUGGGCACUACGUCAGCGACCACAGGGGGACGGUUUCUGUUUCAGAGGACGUCAGUCUUGGAGGGACGUACACGGGGAAAGAGCAGAUGGGUUUGAUAUGGAGCAUGCGUCCCGCCCCUGGCAGCCGCGAGGGCCUCAGGCUGAGGAAGAGGGACAUGUGCACCCCCAUGCUGGUGACCAUCUCGGUCUACCGCGGACACGAGGACUUCAGAGACCAGACCGCGCUGGCGUCGGCGCUCGUGGAGAGGUGGCACAUGGCUCCAGGCGUCCAGAGGAUCGAAGUCAGGGAGAGGGGAGUCCAAGGAACCCUGUUUGUGCCUCCAGGUCCAGGACCGUUCCCGGCCCUGCUGGACCUGUGGGGGGGCGGAGGGGGCCUUCAGGAAUACCGCGCCGCCCUGCUGGCGUCUCGAGGUUUCGCCGCUUUGGCUCUGGAGUAUUUAAAGGCAGACGAUUCAAAGCCCAAUUCUCCAGGAGACAAAUACUUUGAGACGGCGUUUGAAAUCAUCAGGGCUCAUCCUCAGGUCGCCCCAGACAGAGUUGGAAUCAUCGGCCUCUGUUUCGGUACACUGGUGGCCUUGAGCCUGGCGGCAGAAUAUCCAAUGAUCAAGCCUCGCUGCAUCGUCUGCCUCAGCAACGUUCACCAUAAAUCCAGAAAAAACACCGUCACUGAGUUCCCUGAAGAAGUACCAGAGCGUUUCAAGACGGUCGGCGCCAUGGAGAACGUCCUGGUCUGGAGAGACAUGGGACUGGCUGUUCUGAAAAUGCAGCAUCCUAAAAUCCCAGUGGGGAACAUCGACUGUCCCAUGCUGCUGAUCAACGGCACAGACGACCAGAACUGGCCGACGGUGGAGGUGGCUUCUGACAUAAUCAAGAUGAUGCGUGAAGCCGGGAAGGAAUCUCUGGUGACGCGGGUGGAUUACCCGGGCGCCGGACACCUGAUCGAGCCGCCUUUCUCCCCUCUCUUCAGAGCCACCAACUUCAUGCUGAGCGGCACCAGGAAAAAAGUGAUGAUGCUGUGGGGAGGAAAAACCAAACCUCACGCCGACGCUCAGGAAGACUCCUGGAGGAGGAUCCUCAGCUUCCUGCAGCUCCAUCUGUACGGCGAUCCGAGCCCCAAAGCGAAGUUAUAAACCGGGACGUUUAGACUGAGAGCUCAGGUCGGAUGUUCCAGUUCAAAGUGUCUCCAGGUUAUUUUUAUGGAUCUCAUGUGCGAUAAUAAACAUAAACUGAAGUUGGA